AUGCAGCAAGCGGCGCGAAACACCGAAGGUCGCAAUAUCUGGCUGCCAAGCUCCCAACUGCGCCAUAAAGCAGUUCAUUUCGUGAGAGGUGGCGACCUGGAACCGGAGGAGACGGAAAAUAAAUCAUCAACAACGCCCGAGCAAGAGUCAUGCAAGUCGACGCCGAAAACAGAAAGGGACAUCGAGAAAGACGAUAUUCCUCCUGAUAACGAGGAUACACCCCACGAGCUUAGUUUCUUUAUUGAUCGGUCAAGUCAGAGCAUCGCACCCACAGGUCUACCCAACCCCGUUUCUAGACUGCGUUCGCUCAGUCCGGAAGACUCAAGUGGGGAUGAAAUAGUUUUUCAUGGACGGAACAGAUAUACGGACCAGAACAAUUCUUCGCAAUACCCUACUACGAUUGACGAUGAAUUUGAACCUCAGUCUUCAGAUACGCCCGUCAACAUACGAAACCUAACUCUAGAAACUUCAAUUGAAGCAGGACACAGUUCUACCACCAGGCGACAUGGUCAAACGGUAUUCAACAGGGAAAGUACGAAUCACGAUGAAAAUGAUAUACUUGCCGACUAUAUCGCCAACAUUGAUGUCGACUAUGAAGAAACGGAUACAUCAAGCGACGCGCAACCAGAAAACACUGACAUGAACAAAUUUGCGCUAUCACCACGUCCCAAUGAAGAUCCUGAUUCAGUCAGUCUGCCAAGCAAUGAAAACAUGAAAAGAUUUAAAGAAUCCGAAGCCAGUGGCUCAGAGGUUCAGUCUGAUGAAGAUUUUUUUGACGAAGAAGUCGAUUCGGAGAACAUGGAGUCACUAUACAAAAUUGCCUCUGGCUGGAACACAAGCGCCAAAUCAAGAAAAACAAAAUUCCCUUCGGCGUCGGCCUUCGCUGAUGCGCUAGAAUCAGACCCUUAUCAUGGAUUUGAUAUAAUGGAUUUUAAUCGACCCAGCUUGAGGAAGAAGGCCAAGGGGAGAAAAGGCCCUCCCGACCUGAUGCUAUCUGAUAGCGAACUCGAGAUGGAGUUAGAAAGGGCAUGGAGAAAUGACCGAGAAAAGAAGAAAUCCAAAAAGCAAAAACGCGAGGAGCUUCGCUCACAGGGAUUGCUAGGCCGAAGCAUAGGCAGGCCAGACUUCAAGUCCAAGUAUGCACACGGCAUGGGCGUUGACGACUUAAAAUCAGAGAUCCGUUCCUUUCUUUUAUCAUCGAAAGACAGUUUUCCUUUACCUCCGAUCAAUAAGCAACUAAGAAAACUCGUCCAUGACAUGGCAAACGCCCUCUCACUGAAAUCGCAUUCCCGAGGCAAGGGUCCCUCCAGGUUUCCUAUUCUCUACAAAACUUCUCGUACCUCGAAGUAUAAUCAACAUAACAUUUCUCAAGCCGACAAGAUACUCUCGCAUGGGAGGUUCCGCCAUCGUACAAUUAAGACAGGUGACCAAAGUGCGAAAAAAUCAGCGGAAACCCGGGGUGGUCGCCCGGACACUUCCGUAUCUUACAUGGACGGUGAUAUUGUUGGCGCAUCAGCACCUGAAAUCGGCGCAGAAAACAAGGGUCGGGCUAUGCUAGAGAAGAUGGGAUGGAGCUCAGGAACUGCUCUUGGUGCGACUAACAACAAGGGUAUUCUACUACCUGUUGCACAUGUGGUUAAAAAGUCGAAAGCUGGUCUAGGCUAA